GUACCGUGGAAGCGCUGGUGGGCUCUCACAGUUUGGCUCAGGUGAACAAACUGUUCUGGCAGGACUCAAAGAUACUUUCCAUAAAAUUAAUGAAAAUUCUGACAGCUUUCCACCGUUUUUCUUAGUCCAAGUAAGAAAACUCCAUUCCUCUGAAGAUUUCUAUAUUAUUACAUGUUUGUAUUAAUGGUUAAAUCUAUUGGCAGUGGUUUAGAUAAUUUGAAGCCUCUAUUCUUUCACUUAGGCUCUCCAUCAAGCAUUUCCUCAUUUUGCAGAGAAGAAUGAACAUGGUGUCCCAAUACAACAGGUAAUGUACUGUAUUGCCCAUAUUGGCACUCACAACUUAAUAAUUUUAUUCUGCAGUACUGUAGUUAAUUGUUGGGAGCGGUGAGUUUACAUGUACCUCUCCUUGUCCCCUAUGUUUACCACUGCAUUGGUCAGGUGCAUGGCCGCAUUGCUUGCAAAAAUUGGACAGUAAUUACAUGGUAUUUGUAAAUUAAAUUGUCUCUUUUUCUUUUUGGUUCAUUUAGGAUGCUAAUGAGUGCUGGACACAUUUCGUUCGCAUUCUUCAACAAAAAUUACCAGGUGUAACAUCAGUUGAAGGACACAAUACUCCCAGCGAGGCUGCUGCUGCUACAAAACAGAGCUCGUUGAUGGAUCAAUAUUUUGGUAAGUUAUCGUGGACUAACAUGCGUUCUAUUUAAACAAAAUGUAAAAUAUACUACUUUACACAAUUUGAAAUUAACUAACUGUCAACAGUUUCUGUACAUAUGAACUGAUUGCAUUUUCUUUAAACUUUUUAGGCAUACAGUUUCAGAGCACGUAUCCUUUGUUUAACAUG